UCGCGACCUUGCUCGGUGUUGACGGAACAGCCGCCUACUCUCGAUGGGGAGACGGGGUUGCGUGUCUCCCCUGUUUCUUCGGCUCCCGAUCGACCCUUCCUCAUAGGGUUCCCCCGACGAUCGAGUAAAAGGGAGAAGAAAAUGGGUUCAUGCGGCCCGCAUUUAUCGCGAGCCAUAGCUUAGCCAAGGCCAAGCCUACCCUUCAAAAAGGUGGAAGGGGCAGGUGGGAGCUUUCGCAGGUGCCUUGAGUGUAAUCCCCUCCGCUGUGUCACUAUGCCUGCGGCGGCUCCGAUCAUCAGCUCUGUACAAAAACUGGUGCUGUACGAAACUAGAGCUCGAUAUUUUCUUGUUGGAAGUAACCAGGCAGAAACCAAAUAUCGUGUUUUGAAAAUCGAUCGCACAGAACCCAAGGAUUUAGUUGUUAUUGAUGACAGACAUAUAUAUACCCAGCAAGAAGUGAGAGAGCUACUAGGCCGUUUAGAUCUGGGCAAUAGGACAAAAAUUGGACAAAAGGGCUCAUCUGGAUUAUUACGUGCUGUCUCUGCUUUUGGGAUAGUAGAUACCUACGAAUUUUUCAGAAUGUGGAUCUAUCCAGUAAUUUUUAUUUCAGCUAUAGCUAUGAUCUGUCCCACUCCCUUCAAUAUAACCUUACAGUUUUGAGAAUGCCUCUAGAUGUACUUAAAACAGAAACAACACGAACUCGUCAAGAGUGUUUUGACAUAUUUGAAGAUGAGGGACUUGCGACUCAAAAUGGAAAUUGUGUAUUUGGAAUUUGCAGUGACCCUUACCGAAAAUAUGUAUGGAAUGGGAAAUUGCUUGAUGUUGUCAAAACUGCAGUUCAUCGAGACUGGCUUUUGUAUGUUAUUCAUGGAUUUUGUGGGCAGUCGAAACUGCUUAUUUAUGGUCGUCCAGUGUAUGUCACUUUGAUAGCUAGAAGAUCAAGUAAAUUUGCUGGAACACGGUUUUUAAAGAGAGGAGCAAACUGUGAGGGAGAUGUAGCCAAUGAAGUAGAAACUGAGCAAAUACUUUAUGAUGCUUCAGUAAUGUCAUUUUCUGCCGGAAGCUAUUCAUCUUACGUCCAAGUGCGAGGUUCAGUCCCUCUGUAUUGGUCUCAAGACAUAUCGACUAUGAUGCCUAAGCCACCAAUUACACUGGAUCAGGCAGACCCAUUUGCUCAUGUAGCUGCUCUUCACUUUGAUCAAAUGCUUCAGAGAUUUGGCUCUCCGAUCAUCAUUUUGAACCUUGUCAAGGAACGUGAAAAAAGAAAACACGAAAGGAUACUAAGCGACGAGCUUGUUGCUGCUGUAACUUACCUCAAUCAGUUUUUACCUCCUGAACAUGCUAUUGUAUACAUCCCUUGGGAUAUGGCCAAGUACACAAAGAGCAAACUGUGCAAUGUCCUUGAUCGAUUGAAUGUGAUUGCUGAAAACGUCGUGAAGAAAACUGGCUUCUUUGUAAAUCGACCUGAUUCCUUCUGCAAUGUUUUGCGACCAGAUGAAAAAUGGAAUGAACUAGGAGGAUAUGUAGUUCCCAGUGGCCGUUUGCAGACAGGAGUUCUUCGAACCAAUUGUGUGGACUGUUUAGAUCGCACAAAUACAGCCCAAUUUAUGGUUGGGAAAUGUGCUUUAGCCUACCAACUUUAUUCCUUGGGAUUGAUUGACAAACCUAAUCUUCUGUUUGACACAGAUGCCGUUAGAUUAUUUGAAGAAUUAUAUGAAGAUCAUGGGGAUACAUUGUCACUCCAGUAUGGUGGCUCUCAACUGGUUCAUAGAGUAAAAACCUACAGGAAAAUAGCACCCUGGACCCAGCAUUCUAAAGAUAUUAUGCAAACUCUUUCGAGAUACUAUAGCAAUGCUUUUUCAGAUGCUGACCGGCAAGAUUCUAUUAACUUGUUUCUAGGAGUAUUUCAGCCUGAAGAAGGAAAGUCUCAUCUCUGGGAACUUCCUACUGAUUGUUAUUUGCAUCAAAAGGACACAAUGAAUCUUCUCCAGACAAGGCGAAGCUAUACUUUUUGGUGGACUCCUGGUGUUUUAAAAUAUUUGCCACUGCCUUUCGAUGAAGUGACAUGUGCUGAAAACCAGAGGAAGUUAAUAGUGAAGAGAUUUCAUAAGUUUGAUGAUGAGGUUGAUAUUCAUAAUGAUUUUUUUCGACCAUAUGAACUCAGCAGUUUUGAUGACAUCUUUUGCUUGGCAAUGACAAAUUCAAUGCGAGAUUUUAUGCCUAAGAAUGUUCCCACUGAUCCCAGCCCAUUUACUGUACGUAAACCAGAUGAAACUGCAAAAUCUGUUUUGGGGAACAAAAGCAACCGAGGAGAAGAAACAGUACUGCAACGUAAAACGGCUGCUAGUGCUCCUCCGCCACCCAGCGAGGAGGCCGUGUCCAGCAGUUCUGAAGAUGAUUCCGGAACUGAUAAAGAAGACGAGGGCACUACCUCUCAGCGUUCAACACCUGUGAAAAUAUCAGAUACUGGAGACAAUACCAAAAUAACAGAAAACACCCAUCUCUGGUUUCUCCCAAGACAACAUUUAUGAAGUCCAGCCACCUAAAGUGGACAGGAAAUCUAUUGAGAUUUUUCAUGCACACAUCCAAGCAAGCAAAGGUAUUAUGCAACCUUUGGGAAAAGAGGACAUCUUCCUAUACCGAGAGUAUAUUAGGAAUAGAUACCUAUGAAAAAAAAAUGCCAGUACUCAUCUCUUCUGAAUGUAACUCCGCUGAAAUCUUAGAUAGCGCUUGCAAGGAAAAUUAGAAGGAAAGUACCUUGAAUGCCUCUUGUAUGUAUUUUUGUUUUUCGCCCAUAACUCUAAGGAUGACAGAUGACUUAUCUUUAAUGGCUUUGGGGUACUAAUACAAGUAACUUCAAGUGUGAAUAAUUAGUUUAAAAAAGAACUGAAUAUAACCUUUGAGAAGGAUUGAAAAUAUUAAAGAUUUUGAUAAGCAGUAUUGUGUACAGAUGUAAGCACAUACAUAUACUGUAUAUGUAUACACAUAUAUAGACAUAGAUAAGUAAAUUCAUAUGCACACUUUGGCAUAGUUAGAGAGUGAAAAGUUGCCAUCAAAUUAAACUCUACUUCAACUUUUAUAUAUGGCCAAAGUCCCAGCAACAUACCUAAAACAAUCUAAAAACAUGCCCACAAUAAAGUAAUUUCUAAUACUUUUCUAUUAGAGGUCAGGGUAAGAAAAUUUUUAUUUGAUAAAGGGUAGAGGUGUUUUAUAUCAAGAAAAUUGGAUAAUGAAAUGUCUGCAAACAUACAAUCAGCUCAGAGAGCACCAAGAACUCCAUAGUUUCUAAUUUACUGUCAUCUUCAUUAGGCCCAAUUGAUUAUAAAAUAAAAGGUAUGCUUAGCAUUUUUUGUGCAUUGCAAACAGGAGAUUCUACCAUUUGCAUUUCUGUGACAGCACCUCUUGCAGAUCCAACCCCAUGGUCUUCAUUGAAACAAGCCCAGUAGGCAUGGCAGAAGACAAUUUUAUUGCCAUCUAUUAUGAAGGCCUUGGAAUUGUUGCACAAGCUUCAGAGAUGGAUGUCAGUUUCUAUUGCAUCUUAAUUGCAAUCAUAUGACCAUGGGGCCACUGUAAGUCCUCUCAUUCAUUAAAGUUUGAAUGGUCACCUGAAUGCAUGGUCAUCAUCUGAGGCUUACUUGUAUCAAUAUGAAUCUUUACAGGAUUGUGCACCACUUAUGAUGGUUCACUCUACAUUGUUUUCUAAAAUAGAGUGUGAUGUAUUUCUGAGAUAAUCUAUGAAACUUCUGUUCCCUAGGAGUAAUACCAACCUACAGUAAUAAUACCAACAAUAAUUAACACUAAGAUUAACAUCAAACCAAAAAUGAAAAAGUAAGCAAUCUCUCAAUCAAGGAAUUGCCAUACAAGUUAACAGUAAACAGCCCAAUCAAAGAACCACUAAGACCACGCCUACUAACACUGACAGGGCAAGGCACUAGAAUAUAAAUUGAGAACAAACCCCACUUCUUACUGGCACUGAUGGAUGAUGUUACUUAGUUUGGGUAAACCCUAAGUUACAAAUAUUCUCCUUUAUCAGACCCAUUAAUACAAUGAAACAAUACUAUUUGGCUAUAGAAAAAAUUAAUGCAGCUUGGAAACAAUUUACCAAGAAGUUGCUUACAAAAUUGAAUGAUAUUAAAGCAGAAGAUAUAGAAAGCAACACCUGUUAUUGGAUAAAACAGAGACUGACCAAUUUGAUUUUUUUAAAAUGCUGCAUUACAAAAGCAAUAAGGAAAAAGAUGCNGAG